AUGAGUAUUUCUAUAAGAUUAAGAAGUAAAUCAGGUGUUGAGAAUAUAAGAUCACUUGAUCCAAAAUCAAGUAUUUCACAAUUUCAAUUACUUGUAUUUGAGAAAACCAAUAUAGAACCAGCCAAUCAAAAGAUUUUAUGUGGAUAUCCUCCUAAACCAUUGGAUACAUCUAAACAAGAUACUUUGAUAGAUGGUAUCAUUGUAAAUGGUGAUACUGUAACUGUUGAAGAAACUACUGGAGGUGGUGGUAGUAGCAGUAAUACAGCACCAACUACUUCAUCAUCAUCAUCGUCUGGUGUUGUUUCAUCAUCUAAUAAUAAACCAAGAGAAGAUAGUGGUGGAUACAUUGUUCGUCGUCUUACAGAGAAUGAUAACAGUUGUCUAUUCAGUGCAGUUGCCUAUGUACUUGAAAACAAGAAUAGAGCAAAGGGAUCACAUCUACGUUCAGUCAUUGUCAGUGCAGUAAAAAGCGAUCCACUUACCUAUAAUGAAGGUUAUCUUGAGAAAGAAAAUGAUGAUUAUUGUAUAUGGAUUACUAACCCUAAACAUUGGGGUGGUGCAAUAGAGCUAUCGAUUCUAUCAUCAUACUAUAAGAUGGAGAUUGGUGCAUUCGAUAUUCAGACAAAAAUAUUAUAUCGAUAUGGCGAGGAUAGAAACUACUCACAGCGUGUCUUUGUUAUUUAUGACGGUAUACAUUACGAUGCACUUGCAUUGUGCCCUUAUGAAAAUGGCUCUGAAAACUAUGAUAAAACAAUCUUUGCCACCACUGAUGAAGCAACCCUCAAGAAAGCCAUUGACUUUGUAGAGAAAGAACAUAAAGCUGGUAAAUUCACAAACACAGCCAACUUUCAAUUGAUUUGUUUAGAUUGUAAUAAAAUUUUAACAGGUGAGAAAGAAGCAACAAUUCAUGCUAUGCAAACAAAGCACAUUAGUAAAUUCUUAUUAAAAGUUUGUUUAUAUAAAUAA